AUUUACGAGGUAUAAAUUGGUAGGGAGGGGGCUUGGCCUGACAUCAACUCUCAGUGGCUCAGUCACAUCACUCCUUUUGCAAACAUGUCUCACGGUGCAGCUCAGGGCAGUAUGGGCAGCCACUCCUCUAUGGCUCUGCAGAACUACAGGCUGAUCUGCUACGAGUAUGAGAACUUCCAGGGGCGUAGGGUGGAAUUCACCUCCGAUUGCCGUAACCUGUGUGAUCGCGGUUUUGACCAAGUAAAGUCCAUCAAAGUUGAAUGUGGACCAUGGGUGGCAUAUGAACAGAAGGACUUCUCUGGGGAAAUGUUCAUCAUGGAGAAAGGAGAGUAUCCCAGAUGGGAUUCAUGGUCUAACUGUUUCCGGGCCGACAGGAUCAUGUCCCUGAGACCAGUCCGUAUGGAUGCCCAGGACUACAAAAUCUGCCUUUUUGAAUGCGCCAACUUUGAGGGCAGGAAGAUGGAGGUCUGUGAUGAAGACAUCCCAAGCAUGUGGUCUUAUGGAUUUCAGGACAGGGUUGGCAGUGUCCAAGUCUCCGGAGGAGCAUGGGUUGGAUACCAAUAUCCCGGCUACAGAGGAUAUCAAUAUCUGAUGGAAUGUGGACCCUACAAGCACUGGAACAACUGGGGAGCCAGUCAGCCCCAGAUUCAGUCCAUCCGCAGGGUGAAGGACAUGCAGUGGUGCAAGAGAGGGACCUUUGAAGUUGUGAACUAAAAAUGGCACAGAAGACAAGACACAACACAACCAAACAAAAGGACUUGUUUCUUUUUUUUUUAACCAUUUCAGUUUACUGUUAAAGGAAACAGCUGUUACAUUUUCACAUUUGAAGCUAUUAAUGAAAUCGUUUGACUUUGUAAAAGGUUAGUUGGCAUCAGAUCCACCUGAAUAAACAUCCCCACUGCCCUGAUACAAGAGAUAUAUAAUCUUCUCUGCUGCUGUUGCCAUUGCAAACGAUGGUCAUUCUCAGGCAUCUGGUAACAUCAUCCACUGAAUGUUCAUCCGUUUACCCAACAUGUCUGUAAAGGGGCAGUGGAUAUAGAGAGAAUUUGCCUCUUUUCUCCACCUUUGCAUUGGGCAGUGCUUCAUGCUCUUCAGUCUCUUCCUUCCUAGCAGGGCAGAUAUGAAUAGACCUCAGUAAGGGGUUCUUUGGAACCUUUAUGAAAAGACCAUGUGGAUAGUAUUUGUGAACCUUGCAGUAUGCAACUCUUACUAAUGAGCCUGACCUAGAAAGAACAUACACUGUAGCUUGAAGUUACAAUGGCACAAUGACAUUGUUUGGUUUGGUUAUUCAGUAUGGUGCUAGAACUCAGGAUUUCCUCCAAACAUAGGCCUGAAAGAGCUCCAUGAUGUUUCCUAAAUGGGCUUCAGAGGGUCAGGACUCUUACUGUCACUGUUAUAUUUCUCAGGGAGAAACAAGUCUUGUCUUACUUCACAAAACCCGCAAUCAGUAGGUGAAUGCAAAUAUUUCACUGUCCAUCAUGCACUGAACUCUCAGAUAUGCCGAUCCAUUGAAGCUAAUGUCAAUCUCUUUGCAGUAAUAAAUAAUAAUAUAACCAAA